AUGGAGUACCUCCAGUUAAAACCUAAAGCUGUUUGCUUUCUGAGUGUUUUUUGCCUUUACACGUAAGGAACCGCACAGGGAACAAUCUUAAUCAUGAUUAGUUUGAUAAAGUGACCAGUGUUAAUCUAAUAAUAUUCAUAAUCCCACUUGUUCCAUGCUAAUCUUAUCAUGAUUAGUAUAAUACAAAUUCUUCCUUCCUGAUAAAACUUUAUUUUAGUCCAUUGCAUUUGCAACCCAUCAACCAUCUCCACCUGGAAAUGUUUCUUUAAUGACUUCUUCAUGGCACUUUGGAGAAAAAAAGGUUUUGAGGUUUGUGUAUAAAAAUACUUGAGAUUUUCAGAUAUUUCCAUAUGAAAAAACUCUUUAGCUUUGGUUUCUUUUCAUGGUAGUGAAGUGGGUUUGUGUUAUAUUGAUGUGAUCUCUCUCUAAUCAUAAGUUAAUUAUCAGAUACGUUACCUCCUGAUGCUAGUUCUGUCCCUUUCUAAGUGAUUUUACAUCAACCAACUAGCUUUCUUCAUUGUAGUGUAUAUAUUCAUGCACCUCUCUCUCUUAUUUGCUUAUCCCAAAAAUCAUCUUGCUGAUUGAUUUGCUUUCCUCUUUGCGUGUUCAUUUGGGGAAUGGUCAUAAAAGUUCCAAACUCUAGAGCUCAAACUAAUAAGGUUCUUUUGUCUGUGGUUGCUUUAUUUGGUUUCUUGAUAAAAAGGCCAAAAAAAAGAGCCUCUGGUAGUUGCUAACAGCCGGUAGUUGCAGAUGCAGCAUCAUUAAGAUUCACAAGAGAUGUGCUUUCCUUUGUUUGGGCUCGUUUCGAAUGGGAAUCUUGAUGAUGCUGCAUCAGCAAAUACAUGGCUACUCUUGCCAACUUUGAUUUCCUUCUCUAAUGAAGAAAAUAAAGAUGCCUUUGCGGUAAUACAAAGGACUCGAAAACAGAAGGUAUAGUCUCUUUUCUUGUUUCUGACUCUUGACAAUACACGUUGUGAAGUAUCUUCAAGUUUGUGAUGCUUUUUUCUUGCUCCUGUUAUUAGCUAAACCAUUCACGUGUAUAACUUUCAAAAGGAUCCCACAUAUACUAUAAAAGACCAAACAAAAUAGUGACAAUUAUAUUUGUACACAUUUAUUUAAAUAUAAGUAGACCUUGAUAUACGUUUCUAAGAUAAAUAUGAACAGUGAGAACUAGGCCUAGCAUUUUGAACCGAGCCAAAAUUUUGGUUAUUGGUUCGGUAAUUGGUUACUUCGGUUUUUCAAACCGAACUAACCAAUAUUAUUCAAAAUUACCUGAAUUUAACGGAAAACCAAAAAACUUUGGUAAGUUUCAAUAAAAGAUUUAAAAACCCAACUUAAUUUUUUUGGUUUAUUUCGGCGAAAUUUUGUUCAAACUGAACUACCGGAAUCCGCAUGCCUAGUGAGAACUCAGAAGUAAGAAGUCUCUUGUGGUUAUGGGUUGUGGGAACUCACAUGGUCACAUGUGUAAGUGGUCCAUUAAGUGUUCUUUGGUCAAUUCGUUGCCUAUGGUCCCAAGUUAUAUCGUGUAUUUAUAGUUUCUUUGACCCGAUUAAGGAAAAAAAAAACAUUUUUCCACAUGGAUCAUAUGAAUCUCGAGGCAUAGUUUCCCUGCUAAAACAAAUUAGAAAAUGAAAUAAUAAUAAUAAAAUACUUUUCAAAGUUUUCUUGAAAAUGUAUUGAUGAAUUUUAAGAGUCUGCAUAAAUUGGUGGGUUUAAUCGUGAAAAUUCAAAUUUAACUUGAUGUUUGUUUUUUCCGUAGCUGAUUAGAAAACCUAACUCUUAACAAUGAUUUAAUUAAUAGGACAUUUGUUAGCUUUUGAAUAAGUGAUUAACAACGAAAAAAGUAUGUAAUGACGUCGAUAACAAAUAGUACUAUAAUAAGUCUCUGUGCUUGGUAAUUUUAUAUGAAGAUAUAGCACGAUAAACCAUAAUCUCGACUAGUGCCAUGUUUAGGAACAGAAAAACGUAUAAUAUGUUUGAAUUGAUAUCGAAACUCCACAUAUCAUAUUUGUUAGACUAUUUUUGUUCUCGGGCAUUAAAAAGAUUAGGAUUAUGAAUGAUAUAUCAUAUUCUGCAUAAAUUUUGUUCAGUUAAAAUAACUAUAAUGCUCAACCACUGUCUCAUUAUCAUCUAGUACACAUGUGAUGACAUAAAAUUGUCCGUUUUCUUUGUAACUCUUUUCAAUUAACGUAAUGUGAAGAUGUACAUCUAAAACUCUGCGUGCCUGAACGUACUUCAAUGUGGUUUGUCUACAAACACGUCUCAAGAUUAUUAACCUAAAUACAAUAUUCAAUUUAAGAAAAGCAUACUAUUAAAUAUAUGUUUGUAUUACACAUAUCUUUAUACUAUUAUAAGAAGUGUCUUAAAAGCUUUGACCUAUUUCAUUCCAAGCUCUCUAUCAUUUCUUAGCUCUAUCUAUAAACAUCACACACACGCACACACAUUCUAUAUUGAUGAACACCUAUAUAUAGAGUUAGAUCAAAAGAACUGAGAACAUCAUAUCCACUCUUGAUCCAUGGAUGAUAAGAAGUUGUGGAGAGUUUCCAAGAAAGAUUCCAUCUUCGAAACGACUCAUUUCUCUUCAAAACCCGACGUUUUCAGACGAAGCUUCUCAACAAAAACUUCUUCUUCACCUUCAAAACCCAUUUUGACAAGAAGUUUCACAACAAAACCUUCUUCGUAUCCUUCCUCGGAACCCAUCUUUAGACGAAGUUUCUCUGCAAAACCCGCUCCUUCAAAAUCUCCAUUUCUGUCAAGAAGCGGUUCAAUGAAAUGCCAAGCUGACACAUCUUCCACGAAGUGUUCCAUCUCUCGGAGCUUGUCUCAUAAAGGCGCUUCUGUGACCCGAAAAUGUCGUGAUGUGGCCAAGGAGCACAAGUCCCGGUUCUACAUCAUAAAACGCUGCGUUCUGAUGCUCGUUUGUUGGCACAAACACGCUUAGAUUCACUAUGGACGUGAAGAAAGAAGAUUAGGUUAAUUAUUUGCAGUGAAUUUACUCGUUUUUUCUUUUCACCUAUCCAUUAUUAUUAUUUUAUAUAUUUUGUUUUAAUGAUACAUUCCAUCUGUUUCAAGUUAAAUGUAAUUUGUUUAAAUUGUUUUCUACUUCUAAAAAAUGUUGCUAUAUUUUCAGUAAAUUUACUAUGAUACGUACACAAAUAGGUAAAAUUAGACAAUGUCGUACUUCACAAGUGAAAAGUGGUAUAAUAGCUAUCUUUAGCUUUUGGUUUCAGUAUGUACAAAAAAUCUAAGACUGGUACACUAAUUUGAAACACAAUGAGUAUUUUAUUGAAAUUGUCUCAUGAUGUAAUGAAAUACAAAAUUUUGCUCAAACUAUAUUUUCACAGUCUAGUAUUUUUCUAACCAUUUUGUUUUAAUUAUUGUGUGAUUGUAUUGAAGUGAGAGAGAUUCCUUCUGAAACAUUGGGAAUGGAAAAGACAUAUAUAAACAAAACUGUACCAGUGUUCCAGCUCCACUGUUCGCAUUUAUACAUGUCGGUCCAUAUUACAAAUAAAAUAAAUAAAAGUACUAUCCCCUAGAUCAUAUAACUGUUGUCAUAUUAAACCGCAUUGUGUUUUGCUUUUGGUUGAAUCGCAUUGUUGGGCUUAAGUUACUUGACGUAUGCCCAAUAUCGUAUUGAGUACAUUGUUUGUUGUGGUCAAUGUCAAUAAGGAUUUACAUUGAAAUGUUAAAUUCCUGGAAGAUGAACUUGAAAGAGACUGAAAAAUAGAACUAACUAAUGAAACUAAAAGUUUCAACAAAAAUCAAUCCCAAAUCAUAACAAUAGAGAGCAAAGUAGCGCCAAGGAAGACAGCAAGAAACUUGUAGAUUGCCUUGUCACGAGGCUUAUACCCUUUUGAGAUAAGGUGGUGAAUCGCAACAUAUAUACACAAGUGACAAGACUCCACACGCCAUGCUCAUUGCUCGUAGCAUUGAUGCUGAUGCCAAUCCUAAAAGCCAAGUAGUAAAUGACUGCAAGGAAGAAUGGUCGUUUAGAGAUUAGCAUGAUGUGAGAACUUUUCCCAUUGCUACGGCAGCAAAGAUCUUGUGCAAGUCCGUAGGUUUCUCCAUGCGUCGCUUUUAGUGUCUGUCUAAUUUGUAUUCGUUAGAGAAUAUUAUAAAUUAAAAUCAUUUAGUUAUCACACUUUUAUACCUAUAUAUCGAACCGAAACAAAUGGAAUUGAGUAUGGACACUUAUGAAACCAUAACCUUCUUUUUUUGAACUGAAAAGGGUUAAACCCGGGUGAUAGACCGCGGUCCACGGAUCAGUACAUGGAGCUGAACCAGCCUGGAGAUCAGAACGUUCUGAACAUUUCAACCGAGGUUCAUCUUUUUCACCGUACCGGACAGACUGACCGUGCAGUGUACUGGACCGUCCCGCAUACGUCCGGAAAGGAGCUUUGGCUGGAACCAUGGCCAGAUGACCGAUCUGACCAUACUGGGGCUUAUCUUUCCCGUCCAACUUCACAUUUGAAGACAUAUGGUCGAGCUAGAAUCCACUUUGGACGAGCUGGACGAGGUGACACUUACUUUGGCGAGCUAGAUGAGCUGAGUGAGCUAAGUGACACUACUUUGGAGCUGGAUGAGCUGAGUGAGCUAAAUGACACUAGCUUGGAACUGAAUGAGCCAAGUAACACUGAAGAUGGAGCUGGUUCAACUGCCGGGCGAAAUGGGCCUUUUCAGCCCAAAGAAAAGUUCAUAAAAAGUUCAUUAUGGGAUUGUUUCUUUCCAAAUUCGACCAGCUCUUUCCUCAGUCCAUUUCAAGCACAUUCUCAUCAAGAAUACCAAGAGGGAGUCAGCAAGGAAGUCUUGGUCGUGCAUGGGAAAAAGAAUUCAACAAAAAUCAUUAAUUUCGGUCUUUAGUCAAAGUCUCCAUUUCUAGUUUCUAUGUCUUGUUUUUAGCACAUUCUUCUUUGGGUCUCUACAACUUGUAAUCCUAUAAAUAAGACCUUAGAGCCACGAAAUAAAGCAGAUUGUUUUCCCCUUUUGUUGAGUUAAAACUCUUUGUUCUUUGUAGAACUUGUUCUUAGUUUCUUGGUGAGGUUAUCUCCAAGUUUCGAUCCUUCUUUUGUUGGACCGGUGCGUCACAUCCGGCAACGAUCGAAGUCUGGUAGUAUCUUUGGGCUAUUCCGCAACCCUUAGUGUCACCCCUCGAUUCAUCAGUUCUCAAUCCUCUCGGAUCUGAGUUCAUAUCAACCUUACCGAAGAGUGAUCCUUAUCUUGGUUCUAUCAAGUGGUAUCAGAGCCACUCUCUCGGUAACUCUAUUAUCAUUCCAUAUUCUCAUCUCUCCAUCUUCUUCAAACACUUCUUCUUCUACCUUUCUUAAAUCUGGGCCCCUCAUUACCAUCCAUAUAUAUAAAAAAAAAAGAUUUACGAUUUAAUUCAAAAAAAAAAAAAAAAAAA